AGCACUUGACCUCUGGAUUACAGACAUAGAGAUGGUUAGAACCGUGUGUGUGGACAAAAAUGGAUUGAAGAAAGGUGCAUGGAGUCAAGAAGAAGACGAUAAGUUAAGAUCUCACGUUCUUAAUUAUGGUCACAGAAAUUGGCGUAAACUACCUAGAUUUGCUGGCCUGUCAAGGUGUGGCAAAAGCUGCAGACUACGGUGGAUGAACUACCUCUGCCCGGAGGUAAAACGUGGAAACUUCUCUAAAGAAGAGGACGAUUUGAUCAUUCGGAUGCACCAAGAACUUGGGAAUAAAUGGUCCAAAAUCGCCACGAAGUUACCCGGAAGAACAGACAACGAAAUAAAGAACCACUGGCAUACGCAGUUAAAGAAGAGAGAGAAGCACUCAGAGAGCACAUCUGAGUUGAUGGAAAAUCAACCUAAUAAGACUCCACAAAGUGUAAUCACUGUCCCAAGCGAAAACUUGCAACCUGAAAGAGCUGUUUCCUAUAAUGCUCCCUUCCGUCCAAUAAUCUUGGAGAGCUCUCCUUUGCCGCAUGAAGGUAGUCAAAAUUCCUUGUUCUGGGGUGGCAUCAAUCGGGUUUCAGAAGAUUGUACUCUCACUUCAAUGGACAUAUUUGAGGACUCAGGUCAAGAUUUCUGGACUCAACCAUUUGUAGCAGACAAAGACGGUGACUACAAGGGAGAUGGCUAUUAUUCGUUCUAUCAUUCGAGUAAUGAUGAUAAUAUGGAUUUGAUCACCCAAGUGAUUGAAGAUCUACCAGAAAUUUAGUUCAGAUUUAGACACACAGACAUAUAUAUAUAUAUAUAGAUAGGGUGAGAUAUUCAUUUCCCUAGCUAAUUGUAAAUAGGACUUGAAUAUACAUAUAUAAUAAAUGAGCUUAAUUAUGUAAGCCUAGAACAGAAGUUACGGAUACCUGUUGUAUUAGAAUAAGAGUUUUUUUUUUUUUUAAAGAAGUAUUAGAAUAAGAGUUAAAAGGAUAUAUUUACAUAAAAGUUCUUAGUUAAAAGGAUAUUAUAUUCCAUACCAUGCUGCUAUUAUUUUGAUCAUUAGUAGUAUUUAUCAUAUGAUUCACGGAAAUUUUGAAUG